AUGUUUGAGAAGUCGGUUUCAAAAAUGAGAUUGAGUGAUCUCAUGAAGGCAACCAACGAUUUCAGCAAUAACAACAUCAUUGGAGCAGCAAGAACGGGGCCAAUGUACAAGGCAGUGAUUUCUGAUGGUUGCUUCCUUAUGGUUAAGAGAUUGCAAGACUCUCAGCGUUUGGAGAAAGAAUUUGUAUCAGAGAUGAAUACACUUGGGAAUGUGAAACACCAUAAUUUGGUCCCACUGCUGGGCUUUUGUGUGGCAAAGAAGGAAAGAUUUUUGGUGUAUAAAUUCAUGGAAAAUGGAACCCUUUAUGAUAAACUGCAUCCAGCGGAACCUGAGAUCAGGAACAUGGAUUGGCCCCUGAGGCUCAAAAUUGCAAUUGGAGCAGCUAGAGGUUUGGCAUGGCUUCAUCAUAACUGCAAUCCACGAAUUAUCCACAGGAACAUAAGCUCUAAGUGCAUACUUUUGGAUGACGAUUUUGAGCCAAAGCUAUCUGAUUUUGGCCUUGCCAGACUCAUGAACCCAAUCGACACGCAUUUGAGCACUUUCGUCAAUGGGGAGUUUGGGGAUUUGGGUUAUGUUGCUCCUGAAUAUCUACGGACCCUUGUUGCAACACCGAAGGGGGAUGUUUAUAGCUUUGGUGUAGUUCUCCUGGAGUUGAUUACUGGUGAAAAACCCACUCAUGUUGCUAAUGCCCCUGAAAGCUUCAAGGGAAGUUUAGUGGAGUGGAUCAGACAACUGUCAGAUGGUCCUCUUCUUCAUACUUCCAUUGACAAGCCUUUGCUUGGAAAUGGUUUCGACCCCGAACUCAACCAAUUUCUUAAGGUUGCUUGUAACUGUGUGGUUGAGAAUGCUAAGCAGAGGCCAACAAUGUUUGAGGUGCAUCAGCUCCUCAGGGCUAUUGGGGAGAGAUAUCAUUUCACAACUGACGAUGAUAUUAUGUUGCCAUCUGAUACAGGCGACAUUGAUUUCCCAGAUGAACUUAUUGUUGCCGAAGCAACAAAGGAAGUUGAAUGA